CCGUAUCCGGAUAAACCGAUAUUGAAACUUCGACGGGCGCCACCAUGAGCAACCUACCGGUAGUGCGGAAACUGCGAGUUCUCUGCUUACAUGGCUGGCGCACGAGCACCGGUGUCAUCUCUCUCCAAAUCGCGGGGUUUCGCCAAGCGUUUGGUCCCACGAAGGCCGAAUUCGUGUCAGUGAAUGCGCCGUUCCCAGCGUCAGGUCCGGCGCAAGAGGACAUCCGCAAGUUCUUUGGCGAAAAGGGUCCGUACUACGAGUGGUGGGAUGCAGUGAAGAACCCAGACACCCAGAAAACAGAGUACCAUGGAUGGGAGCAGUCCGUCGCGUAUGUCCAGCGUCAAAUCGACGAGUUGGGGCCGUUUGAUGUAGUCCUGGGCUUCUCGCAAGGGGCUGCCCUCACCACAUUGCUCACAGCGCACUACCAGAAGCACCAGGGUUCCUUUCCGUUCAAGGCCGUGGUGCUGGUAUGUGGCUUGGUGCCAAGAGACGGCCUGCCUGACGACACUCGACCCCUAUUGGACAUUCCGUCGCUCCACAUCUUGGGGGAGCAAGAUCCAAUGCUACCCUUGGGCCACCAACUGCAUGACAUUUUCACUCCAUCACAUCGCAGUUUGCAUGUUCAUCCGGAUGGCCACCGAUUUCCAGCACUGCCAAAGCACAAGCCCAUGUAUGUGGCCAUGGCCCACUUUCUUCGCCAAGUGAUUAACGAGUAAUACAUACUAAUUAAUGGUAAAA